GUGCUUACGACAGGAACCGUACAAGUGACGUGUGUUUCAUGCCGGGAGAGUAAAGUCGUUGCACCGUCCUUCACUACAAGAGCAACCGGCUUUUAUUUUAGUUAAGAUUUUAUCUGAUAUGAACAGAUGCAAGACACUGGGGAUGAAGCUGGUAUGAACAGCUGAGUCUCAAACAUGCUGUCAAGACUUGUUGCUGCUGCCUGCCACCACUCCCUGAAGUGGACUUUACCUCACUGGAAAGCCACUCUUCACAGAUCUUGUUGUCCGUCAAAGCCAAAGCAAUGGCUGCUGGGAACUGUGGUUCAAAGAUGGGCUUACAGAUGGACAGCAGCCCCAUCAUGGAGGAUAAACCAGAAGCCAGUGUUUGUCAGAGCUCCGGCAUUUGGAGAUAAGCUUGCUAUCAUAGACAGCAGUGGCAGCUACAGCUACAAGCAGCUGUACUGCAGCAGCUUAGGUCUUGCAGGUAGAAUCACUUCCGCUCUCAACUCUGACUUUGGGGGUCUGGAAGGAAAACGAAUCUCCUUCCUGUGUGGCAAUGACGCUUCCUAUACAGUGGCACAGUGGGCGGCUUGGAUGAGUGGUGGGACAGCAGUACCACUCUACCGAAAACACCCCGAGUCAGAACUGGAGUACAUAAUCUGUGACUCCCAGAGCUCACUGCUGGUGGCGGGGCAUUCCUAUGCUGAGACCCUCAAGCCACUGGCACUGAAGCUAGGACUGCCGUUCCUAACUCUACCUCCUACUUCUAACCUUGGAACUUUAGACAGGGCAGACACCCAAGAGAAGGAGACAACCAUCACAGACUGGGCUGAUCGACCUGCUAUGAUCAUCUACACCAGUGGUACUACAGGGAGACCCAAGGGAGUCCUACAUACGCACAGCAGCAUACAAGCCAUGGUCCAGUGUCUAGUUUCAGAGUGGGCGUGGACCAGAGACGAUGUCAUCCUCCACACCUUGCCGCUCCACCACGUGCAUGGCAUCGUUAACAAGCUGCUGUGCCCGCUCUGGGUGGGCGCCACCUGCGUCAUGCUGCCUGAAUUCCAACCUCAGAAGGUAUGGGAGAUGCUGUUGAGCUCCAAGGCUCCCAUGGUUAAUGUGUUCAUGGCCGUGCCAACUAUCUACUCUAAGCUGAUCCAGUACUAUGAUCAGCACUUCACACAGCCUCAUGUCAAGGAUUUUGUCAAAGCGGUCUGCAAAGAAAGGAUCAGGUUAAUGGUUUCGGGCUCGGCUGCUCUCCCUCUUCCCACUCUGCAGCGCUGGGAGGAGAUUACAGGACACACUCUGCUGGAACGCUACGGCAUGACCGAGAUCGGCAUGGCCCUGUCCAACCCUCUCAAGGGCCCACGCAUCCCAGGGGCUGUGGGGUCACCACUUCCUGGUGUGGAAGUUCGGAUUGUCAUGAAUAACACAUCCAACACCACAAUUGUGGAGGGCAAUCACAGAGAGACUCGGGUACGUGCCGGUCUGGAGGCAAAAGAGGGUGAGCUCCUGGUUCGAGGUCUGUCUGUCUUUAAGGAGUACUGGAACAAACCUCAGGAGACCACAGAAUCUUUCACCGAUGGUGGCUGGUUCAGAACAGGGGACACAGCGGUCUAUAAAGAUGGUGUGUAUUGGAUUAUGGGCCGCAGCAGUGUUGACAUCAUCAAGAGUGGCGGCUACAAGAUCAGUGCACUCGAGGUGGAGCGUCACCUACUGGCUCAUCCAGACAUCAUAGAUGUGGCUGUCAUCGGGGCCCCAGAUGCCCUGUGGGGUCAGAAAGUCACUGCAGUGGUGCAGUUAAAGAAGGGGCAGAGUAUGACCCUGCCUGAGUUGAAGACCUGGGCAAGGGAACACAUGGCGCCCUACACCAUCCCCACAGGCCUGCUGCUGGUGGAGGAGAUGCCAAGGAAUCAGAUGGGCAAGGUCAACAAGAAGGACCUCCUGCGACACUUCUUCCCAUGACUGGACCAAAUGGAUAUGUAUGACAACACACAGGUUCCUGGUCACUUCCUGGCUGUUUCCAUCUGGCCGUUAGAUCUGACAAACAUCGCAGACAAAUGUACGGAGGGAAUACAAAAUAAUGGAUAAAUACCUUGUGGAAAAUGACUUAACCUCUGAGGUAACUUAAUCACAACCACAAACAUGGCUAUAAACGUAAUUCAAUUACGUUGAACGCCAAUUAUGCCAAGCUUUCUUUAUCAGUUACUGUGUAAAAGAGGUUUGAAAAUCGUCGCUAUGAUAUGCAAUUUUUUUUGAGGUAAUAUGAAACAGAGCUCCAUUAAGAGGACAAAAUGUACAAUUACAUUUAUCAGGACAGAAUCUAAAUGAUCUGAAGUGGCAUCAGUAAUAGUGAUUCAAAUUCAAA